ACCACCACCUAUAUUGCCCCGUGCCGAAAUAUUUUGUUGCGUUGAUGGUUAUUCUCCAGCGUUAUCUAGGAUUUUUUUUCGUUUUAAAAAAAAACUUAUUCGACACCCAUUUAGUGACGAGACAGCCAGAGUGAUUUAGCGUCCCCGUACACGAAACGACGAUGAAAAUGGAGUGGACACCCCAACAAGAGGGUUUACGCGAGAUUUUAACCUUAUUGAAGGAAUCGCAAUCGCCGGACACCGCUACCCAAAGAGCUGUACAGCAAAAAUUGGAACAAUUAAGUAAAUAUCCCGAUUUUAGUAACUAUCUUAUGUUUGUUCUAACAAAAAUGGUUCAAGAGGAUGAGCCAACACGUUCUUUAAGUGGUUUAAUAUUAAAAAACAAUGUUAGAACUCACUAUCAUAACCUAGUGUCUAGUGUAACAACAUUUAUAAAGCAAGAAUGUUUGAGAGCUGUUGGAGAUCCAUCACCUUUAAUUCGUGCCACCGUUGGGAUUCUUAUCACUACGAUUGCCAGUAAAAGUGAGCUGGAAUCUUGGCCCGAGCUACUUCCUGCUUUGUGCAACAUGUUGGAUUCGCAAGAUUAUAAUGUGUGUGAGGGCGCGUUUGGGGCGUUACAAAAAAUAUGUGAGGACUCAGUUGAAGUUUUGGAUGGUGACACCGUUAAUCGACCAUUAGACAUACUCAUUCCAAAAUUUUUACAAUUCUUUAGUCACUCUAGUUCAAAAAUUAGAUCCUGUGCAAUUGGUUGUGUCAACAAUUUUAUCAUACAAAGGUCACCUGCUCUUAUGUUACACAUUGAUGCCUUUUUAACGAAUUUGUUUCACGUCGCAUCUGACGAAGAUCCGGAAGUUCGUAAAAACGUAUGUCGAGCGCUUGUUAUGUUAUUAGAAGUGCGUAUGGAUCGUUUAAUUCCCCACAUGGGUGAUAUAAUCGAAUACAUGCUGAUGAGAACUCAAGAUAACGACGAAGGUGUCGCUUUGGAGGCGUGCGAAUUUUGGCUAUCGUUGGCCGAACAACCUAUAUGUAGAGAGGUUUUGAUUAAUCACUUAAACAGGUUAAUUCCCACACUCGUACGUGGAAUGAAAUAUUCCGAAAUCGAUAUUAUUCUAUUAAAGGGUGAUGUUGAGGAAGAUGAGGCUGUACCUGAUAAAGAAGAAGAUAUUCGACCACGUUUUCAUAAAUCAAAAACUCAUACGAUGAUGAAAACGGCGAGCGCCACAAAUGCUAAUGGUUCGACGAUGAAUGAAAAUGGAACAACAGACGGUGAUGAAGAUGAGGAAGAUUUUGAUGAUGCAGACGAUGAUAGUUCAUUAUCAGAUUGGAAUUUGAGGAAGUGCAGUGCAGCCGCUUUAGAUGUAUUAGCAAACGUAUUCAGAGAGGAACUACUACCUAUAUUAAUACCAAUUCUAAAAGAAACACUUUUUCAUCAAGAGUGGGAAAUAAAAGAAUCUGGAAUUUUAGCAUUAGGCGCAAUUGCGGAAGGGUGUAUGUCGGGGAUGUUAAACCAUUUACCCGAACUAAUACCGUAUUUAAUAAAUAGUCUCAAUGAUAGAAAAGCUCUUGUUAGAGCUAUUACAUGUUGGACGUUAAGUCGUUAUUCACAUUGGGUCGUUUCGCAAUCCCACGACUCAUAUUUAAAACCGUUAAUGACGGAAUUACUGAAAAGAAUAUUGGAUAGCAAUAAAAGGGUGCAAGAAGCGGCUUGCUCCGCCUUCGCCACGCUAGAAGAGGAAGCCUGCACCGAAUUAGUACCCUAUUUAAGUUUCAUACUCGAAACGUUAGUUUUCGCAUUUUCUAAAUACCAACACAAAAAUUUGUUGAUACUUUACGAUGCUAUUGGAACUUUAGCUGAUUCCGUCGGCCAUCAUCUUAAUAAACCAGCUUAUAUUAACUUAUUAAUGCCACCGCUUAUACAAAAAUGGAACGUACUUAAAGAUGAAGAUAAAGAUUUAUUUCCGUUACUUGAGUGUUUAUCAAGUGUAGCAACAGCAUUGCAAUCAGGUUUCUUACCAUACUGUGAGCCAGUGUAUCGUAGAUGUGUAUCAUUAGUACAACAAACCCUGUAUCAACAUAUGGCAAACACUCAAAAUCCGGAACAAUAUGACGCGCCUGAUAAGGAUUUUAUGAUCGUGGCGUUAGAUUUGUUGUCGGGUUUGGCGGAAGGAUUAAACGGACAUAUUGAAAAGUUGGUGAUGAACAGUAACAUAAUGCAAUUGUUGCAUCAUUGUAUGCAAGAUCCCAUGCCGGAAGUGCGACAGUCGUCGUUUGCGUUGCUUGGUGAUCUAACCAAGGCAUGCUUCCAGCAUGUGCGACCAUGGAUACCUCAAUUUUUGCCGAUACUUGGGCAAAAUUUAAAUCCCCAAUAUAUAUCUGUAUGCAAUAACGCCACCUGGGCCAUUGGAGAAAUUAGUAUAAAAUUAGGAGCAGACACCAGACCAUACAUUGUUAUUGUGUUGAAUCAAUUGAUUGAUAUUAUCAAUAGACCAAAUACCCCUAAAACUUUGUUAGAAAAUACAGCCAUUACAAUCGGUCGCCUGGGUUAUGUCUGCCCACACGAUGUCGCGCCUGUGUUACAUCAGUUUGUCCGACAGUGGUGUACCUCCUUACGUAAUAUACGUGACAAUGAAGAGAAGGAUAGUGCUUUCAGAGGGAUGUGUCACAUGAUUUCCGUAAAUCCAGCGGGUGUCGUUCAAGAUUUCAUCUUUUUCUGUGACGCUGUCGCUUCGUGGGUUGCACCUAAAGAAGAUCUUAGAGAAGUAUUCAUUAAGAUAUUGCACGGAUUUAAAGCUCAAGUAGGUGAGGAAAAUUGGAGACGUUUUAGCGAUCAAUUUCCACCUCAAUUAAGCGAACGACUGUCGACGAUGUACGGGGUUUGAAAGCCCAAUGUGUGACCGAUGCACGGGGAUUAAGAAGACAAUCGCGUUCCUUGGGUGGGAAUCAGACGGCACGGGCCUCUGCCGCAGGAUGGGUGGGAUCAUCAAUUUUUCUACAAAUCUAGUUGUGUUAAACCUAUACUCAAAAAAAUACGUAUUUUUCGACAUCCACAUGCUGAGACUAUCUUGGGUUUCAAUUCUUAACCGUGUAUGUAAAUAACAAUGUUUCAUUUAUUAAAUUGGGCUAAUUUGGUUAUAA